AUGAAUAAUACUCCGAAAGAUAUUAUUAAUGACGAUCCAUUAACACCAUUAAAUGAAAAGAUCGACAAUAAUUUUCUUGUUUAAACUCUAGAAGAAAAUAAAAUACCUAUUGAUCUAAAAGAUGUGUUUACUGGAGUAUAUAAUGCAGCUUUAAGAACAUGUAGAGAUUAUCAUCAAUAUAAAAGAAAGACUGUCAAUUUUGAAACCUAAGAGAUGCUAAAAUUGUCUGUUCUUCAUUAUGCAUCAAGGAUUAAAUUUUCUUAAGAAUGCUCGACUGCAAUAAAUAGUGAUAAAAAUGAAAGUGGACUGCUAUACAAAGGAGUAGAGUUAAAUUACAACUGGUAAAAGUUGAUAGAUAGACUCAAUGAAGAGGAUAAAGUUUUAGAGGAGAUACAAUAAGAGCUAGAUAAAAAAUUAAAUGAUGUUGUAGAUGAGAUUAAUCACAUUUAAAUGGAUGUAGAUGUAUACUAGAAACUGCAAUCUCAAGAAAUGCUUGGGGGCUUAAAAGGGAUAGAAUAGAAAGAAUAAAUAAUGAAAUACCUAGAAGAUCUUAUAAUUAGAGUCCAAAAGGUUUAUACCUCAAACUAUGAAAUUGCUUAAAUUGUAGAUAAAUUGUAUGAUAUCAAAAGUGAUUAUCAUGAAGAAUAAGUACUGAGAUGUGAAGAUAUCCUUAAUACCAAUAAAAUUAAGCUUGAAGGAUUAUUAAGUUCUACUAUGGCUAACUAAAUGCUUGUCAUCAAGAAUAAAAAAUAAUUCAGCAAGAAAACUAAUUAAAGAGCAUAGCUCAAAUUGAUCAGAGAAAUGAUUGAGAGAUAGAUGGACAAAGAAUUUUUAAAGAAAAAUAAAGAAUUAGAAUAAAAUUAAGGAAUUGAAGAUAAAAUUUUAAAUAUUCUCUUUGAAUUCUACUACCCUCCAUUUGAAGUAAAAUAUAGAAUAGAGCUGUAUAAUAAUAUAUAAGAUCUUAAACUACCUUAUCCUCUUGAGUAAACAAUAGACACAGUAAAUCAACCAAAUAUAUAAGAUGAAUUCAUACAAAAGCUGUAAAUAAUAAAGAAGAUUUGCUAGAAUUCGUAGAAGCCGAUACUCUUUAUAGAUCCUAAUAACUAUGCUUAGAAAUUUAUUUCUGCAAUUACAGGAGAUGAUUUUAAAAGAGUAUUAUUUAGAUAACACAGAAUGCAUGAUAUUAUUAAAUAAGCCCUAGAUAGUGAUUGCUCAGUUUUAAUUGAAAAAGUGAAAACUUAAUUUGAUAUUGACGAAUUCGAUUAAUACUUGAGUGAGCACUGUCUUAGGAAUAAAUAUAGGUUUAAGAUAUAUUAUCAGACAAUCUUAGAGAACCCUAAGUUUGAUUCUAAAAUAUUUGUGAAAGUGACUGUAAUAAAUUUGUAUGAUUUGCAAUUUAUCAAAAGAAAGAGAUAAAGGCCCAUCAUAACCAGACAUAGAUCUUAGAAAAUAUAAGUUGCUCAACCUUAAAUUGAGGAUGAUGAAUUCAAAAUUCUAUCUCAGAAAUUUAAGGUUCAUAACAUGAAGUUGCAAAGAGACAUUAUUUUAGGUCAGAUAUUUUAAUAAUCAGAAGCUUUUAUUAACAAGAAUCAGUCACUCUAGUAAUAUUUUACAGUGAUUGCACAAAACUAAGAAAAAGCGUUGGAGUAAGAAAACUUGAUUAAAGAAGCUUAAGAUGAGCUUUCAAAAUAUAGUUGA